CCCCUUCCGGCGGCCAUGGAGCCGGGGGAGCCCGGGGAGCCGGCGUGGGAUCGCCAUGGGGAGGGGGCGUUGGGCGGGAGGGCGCUGCUGGAGCUGGCGGCCGCCACCGGGGUGGCCGCCUGGGCCACCUGGGCCGCUCUGCUGAUGCCCGGCUUCCGCCGGGUCCCCCUGCGGCUGCAGGUGCCCUACCAGCCCUCCGGCCCCCGGCAAGUGGCGAACGCCCUGGCGCUGCUGCGGGGCCGCUCGGGGAAGACGGUGGAUCUGGGAUCGGGAGAUGGACGGCUCGUGGUAGAGGCUUAUAAGCAAGGCCUCAGCCCAGCCGUUGGCUAUGAGCUCAACCCCUGGCUGCUGUGUCUCUCGAACUACCGGGCCUGGAAGGCUGGGUACCAUGGGAAGGUUUCCUUCCUGAAGAAAGAUCUGUGGAAGGUGAAUCUUUCAGAUUGCUACAAUGUGAUCGUGUUCCUGGCCCCCAGUGUGAAACCUCCCCUAGCUGCCAAGCUCCUUGCAGAACUCCCUGACGAAGCCCGGGUGGUGGCUGGACGCUUCCCCUUUCCCUCCUGGACCCCCACCAGCACCCUUGGGCAGGGGAUGGAGCAAGUCUGGGCCUAUGACAUGAAGGAGGUGCGGCGAGCAGCACAGAGAGAAGCCCUGUCUCACAGCAGCCUCAUUAAGCCUGGCAUUAGGGGUCAGCAGCUGUAGGGGUCAGAGCCUCUCCAGCCCUUGAGUUCAGCUCAGGACAGCAGUGAGAGGGAUGCUUAGCCAGGCUUUCUCGUGGGGACUUGCAGGGUGGUGGUCCCUCCUUGUCUUCCAAAAAGUGGGCAGUUUGGGGGAAGCAAAGGAGGGGAAAACUGGAUCUAGAAAUCCUGGAACUAUUCCAGGAUUUAAGGGCUAAAUCUCCAGUGCCUCUUUCUGUAUGUUUCCUACUUUAUUUCUAGUUAAUUUUUCAAAAUAAACAUUUGGAUGGUUCUUCCCUCAA